UACUAUAAAAAACCCUUCUUCUUCAACUAUGAGGAGAGAAGCAAAGAAGACGGGGAGUCGGAAGAAUUCCAAGCUGUAAAGGAGCGAUUUUUGAGGUUCCAGAGAUGUGUGGGGGCGCGAUCAUCUCCGACUUCAUUCCGCUGGCGACGGCGGCGUCGCAGCGGGUGAUGGCGGAGCACCUGUGGCCGGGCCUCGAGAAGGGUAAGCAGACGACGAGGAGGCGUCGGAGAGGGGUGGAGGUCCCGGACGAUGACGACGACGACGACGACUUCGAAGCUGACUUCCAGGAGUUCAGCGAUGAGACCCAGGUGGACGAGUUCGAUGCCGUGCACUUCGGCUUUGGAUCGGAAGCCCCGUUCCCGCGAGAUGGCUCACCAAAGUCUGUAUAUCUUGAUGGACCUGCCAUAAAAUCAAGCAAAAGAAAAAGAAAGAAUCGAUACAUAGGAAUCCGCCAACGACCGUGGGGCAAGUGGGCAGCUGAAAUCAGAGAUCCUAACAAAGGAAUUCGUGUUUGGCUUGGAACCUUCAACACAGCUGAAGAGGCUGCCAGAGCCUACGACGCUGAAGCCCAUCGGCUUCGGGGUAAGAAUGCCAAGGUGAACUUCCCGACAGGAGCAGCAUCAUUGAGUUCACGCAAACGCUCAUCAAAGCCUACUGCUUCAGUAAUACCAAAACCAAAGGUGUUGGAAAAACUUGACUGCAACCAGAAUUCCAACUAUCUUUGUGACCAAGAUUCUGAACUCUAUUCAACGUUCAUGGAAGAUCAGGAACUUACGAAGCCUGAUCACCUGAAUCCUGUUACCACAAUAAAGUCUUCAGCACCUUUAGAAGAAGCUGCUUUGAAUUUUCACUCUGAUGAGGGAAGUAAUUCUCUUGGUUAUGCUGACUUUGUAUGGGAAUUUGAUGCCAAGACCCCAGAGAUCAUGUCAAUCCUUGCUCCUAUCGAACCUGAGUUAUUUGAAGAUGGUGGCCCUCACAAGAAACUGAGAAGUGAUAUUUCUGGAGUUGAACUCUCCGAGGAGUUAUAUGCCAAUGAACCAUACAUGAAGUUCCUCCCUACCCCGUACUUUGAGGGGAGCUCAGAUGCAUCAAUGGACAGCCUAUUUGGUGGUGCGGAUCUCUGGAGUUUCGAUGACUUGCCUAUGGAGGCAGUGUUUACUGAGGGGAUAUGAUCCUCGCCAUUGGUGUUCCAGAAAGAGCAAAUAAAUAAUACAAUGUUGAUGAAGGAUUUUGGAGGACUGGAAACAUUGGCAAGCUGUCAUGAAGUUCUUGUAAUUUGCCGUGCAAAAGUGCCUUCAAGAACACUUCUUGUUAUCUUGUGAUGUAUCUCAAUUAUUAGUCUUUGGACCCGUUUCUCGUUGUGUAAUAAAUAAUGCUUUCUUGCAAGUUAAUUCCAUGUUGAUUUGGAACA